GCCGGAAGUGAAUCGGACCCGCGUCUGUCUGGGCGUUGCGGGAUUGGGGCCUGGGAUCGCUCGGUCCCGGGCAGUUAAGAACCCCGUGACGGGGCGGAGCGGCGCCAGCCCAGUCCUGAGGCCUGCUACCCGGCAGGCUCUGUGCGCCCCGCGAAGGUCGGCGGCCACCAGCAGCGACCUCGGAGGGACGGCGGGCAACCCCGGGCAUGUACGCCCCCGGAGGCGCAGGGCUGCCCGGCGGGCGCCGGCGGAGGAGCCCUGGAGGCAGCGCUCUGCCCAAGCAGCCGGAGCGUAGCCUGGCCUCGGCCCUGCCUGGCGCCCUGUCCAUCACGGCGCUGUGCACCGCCCUCGCCGAGCCGGCCUGGUUGCACAUCCACGGAGGCACCUGUUCCCGCCAGGAGCUGGGAGUCUCGGACGUGCUGGGCUACGUGCACCCGGACCUGCUGAAAGAGUUCUGCAUGAAUCCCCAGACAGUGCUGCUCCUGCGGGUCAUUGCUGCCUUCUGCUUCCUGGGCAUCCUGUGUAGUCUCUCCGCAUUCCUUCUUGAUGUCUUUGGGCCCAAGCAUCCAGCCCUGAAGAUCACCCGUCGCUAUGCCUUCGCCCAUAUCCUCACUGUCCUGCAGUGUGCCACCGUCAUCGGCUUUUCUUAUUGGGCUUCUGAACUCAUCCUGGCCCAGCAGCAGCAACAUAAGAAGUACCAUGGCUCCCAGGUCUAUGUCACUUUUGCUGUUAGCUUCUAUCUGGUGGCAGGAGCUGGUGGAGCCUCAAUCCUGGCCACAGCAGCCAACCUCCUGCGCCACUACCCUACGGAGGAAGAGGAGCAGGCACUGGAGCUGCUUUCUGAGAUGGAGGAGAAUGAGCCCUACCCAGCAGAGUAUGAGGUCAUCAACCAAUUCCAGCCGCCCCCUGCCUACACACCCUAAUGCCAACCAUGGGCUCGCUUCCUCGGCAGCCCCUCCCCCAAUUCUACAGCUCCUCUCACACCCAGAGGAGCUCUUUUCCCCAGCAGGCCUCACUGGUAGGACCCUGACCAUCUUCACCAAAUCUUCCCCAGGAGAGCUUCUGCCUUUAGGGUUCUCCAUGUAUCCCUGCUCUCAAAACCUGGGGCUCAUCAAUUUUAUAUAAUGCACUGUUGCCCCUCCUGUCACCUUCUGCCCUUUCAACGUUCACUCGUCAUUACCAACCAGGGAUGGUCAUACAAGUUUUCUCCCCUCGUGGGCCAUAUCUUUGGGACUGGGACUUUUCUUGGGUAGCUGCUGAUAGUGAACAGUCCCAGAUAGAAGAAGUAUCAGCAGAGCCCAAGGGAAAGGGGACUGAACCCUGCAAUCUCACUUCACAAGGAUCAACGUUUGUUCCACGGCUGUAGCUCUGGGCUGACAUACCCUCCCC